AUGAAGGACUUUAGCAAUUUCCUCGAUGUAGCCUUCACCAUUACAUUUGUUAUUGCUUACUAUCAGGUCUUGAUGGUUUAUCUGAGUAUUAAUGUGUUUAACAGAGAUGGUGUUAUUAAGAUUUUGGCUUAUUUUGACCACUUGGUGACUGAUAGGAAGUGCGAAAUUUCCGAGAUUAGACAGAGGAUAUUCAGUGGAAUCCUUAAGAAUGCUUUGCUCUUCUCAAGGAUGUUUAUAACAGGAUUGGGUUCAGUUGGCUUCCUUGUUAAUUGCUACGAUCUAGCUGUGACCAACUUCACCGCACCAAUGCUCUUCCUCAUCCCAGGAAUACCACAAGACAGCAUUUUCCUUCGCCCAGUUAACAUAAUUUUCCAAGUAACCCUGUACUUUGCAACAAUGGGAAUGAUCAUAAUUUCCGAUGCUGUUAUCAUGAUUAUGAUUAUGUACAUUCAAGCUGAACUACUUUCCAUCACUGAACUUCUUUCGCAUUUGGACAUUGAGCAGAUUGUGGUGGUCAGAGGGAGUCGAACCCUCAAAAUCGUUCACUUUCAGCAUAAAUGUUUAUUGGAUGAAUUCCAGAAUUUGAGCAAAUCCUUCUGGCACACCUACUUUCACAAACUCCUUGCCAUUAUGAUGUACCUCUGUUUCACAUUCUUCACCUUUCAAUCAAUCAAUUCGUCAAUCAUUUUAGCAGUUUUAAUUGCAAUUUCCGAAGUUUGGGAAGUCUUUAUUUUAUGCUACUUUGGGCAAAUUAUAAGGAAUGCUUCAGAGGCCAUGUCAGUGGCUCUCUACAUGAGCAAAUGGUACCUGAUGGAUGUUGCAGAUCAGAAGAAUCUACUGAUGCUCAUGCUAAGAUUCAAAUAUCCAUUUAAAGUUGAAACGUUUGAACUAACAGAAAAUCCAACGAGUUUUAUGCCGUAG